AUGCCUGAGGAGCAUCCUCUUCCACCUGGUUCUGGUCCGCCUUUCGACAAGCUCGAAAACUUCAACUUCUUGUUUAGUCGGCACGAUCCAGCAGCUUCAGCCAAGGCCCGACACUAUUCCCUCGACACUGACACCGGGCUGGUCCCGUUUGGCAACGUGAACAUGGAUUACGAUCAAACUGAAGGCAUGGGCGGCUUGUCCGUUAGCUCUUACGAUAGCAUAGACGAUGACCGCUCUUUGGAUCUCCGGGGUUAUCCUUAUCAUGACAAUUGCUUACUCCGUUCUUCAGCCCCUACUGGUGACAAGUCCAUCAAUUACUCUAUUCCCGACCACAUGAUGCCGUACUCGGCUCACUCCAUCUACCCGCCUGUGCCAUUUGCGCCCGAUGAUCUCGGUCACGCCCCAGGGAAUCUCACUCCCUCGGACGUCUCAUCGUCCAUCUCUCCGCCCAAUGGCCAAAUGGGCAAUUCCAAGUACAGCACCUCCAUCCCUGGGGACCGCAUUGCUGCUGCCCUGGGUCAAGAGGAAGGUGUACGCUAUGCCGCUGAAGAAGACCGACGUCGUCGCAAUACGGCCGCCAGUGCUCGCUUCCGUCAGAAGAAGAAGCAGCGCGAGCAAGUCCUUGAACGGACUGUCCGUGAGACCACCGAGAAGAAUGCUUCCCUCGAGGCCCGUGUGGCUCAACUCGAGAUGGAGAACCGUUGGUUGAAAAACCUCUUGACUGAAAAACACGAAGCUACUACUCGGAUGCCGCCGCCUCCCAAGGACAGCGGCGCCUUAGAACCGAAAGCAUCUGGUGGCCGGGGUCAAAAACAUAUUCAGCCCAAAAAGAAGGGCGUGGGCACAGACGAGUAG